CCCUCCCGGCCCUGAAAGUACCUGUGGGUUCCGCGGCGGCCGUCAUGGCGAACCGAGCCUUCCGCGAGCCAGAAGCCGGCGAAGUGCUGCCGCAGCACAAGUUCGACUGCAGGCCCUUGGAGGCCUACCUCAGCCAGCACUUGCCCGGCUUCCGGGCCGAGCCCGAGGCCAAGCUGACCAUUGCCCAGUACAGAUCAGGACAGUCCAAUCCAACCUUUUAUCUCCAGAAGGGCUCUCAAGAAUAUGUACUCAGAAAAAAACCACCUGGUUCACUUCUUCCUAAAGCACAUAAGAUUGAUAGAGAAUUUAAAGUCCAGAAAGCUUUGUUUUCAAUUGGAUUCCCUGUUCCCAAGCCUCUAUUGUACUGCAGCGAUGCUUCUGUCAUUGGAACAGAAUUUUACGUGAUGGAACAUGUGCAGGGUCGAAUUUUUCGUGACAUCACAAUUCCUGGAGUUAGCCCAGCAGAACGCUCAGCCAUAUAUGUAGCCAUGAUAGAAACCUUGGCUCAGUUACAUUCUUUGAAUAUAAGCUCAUUGCAGCUGGAAGGAUAUGGUAUAAGUGCUGGGUACUGCAGAAGACAGGUAUCAACAUGGAUGAAGCAAUAUCAAGCAACAGCUCACCGGGACAUCCCUGCCAUGAUCCAGCUCUCUGACUGGCUAAUGAAAAACUUGCCAAUUGAUAAUGACAAUGAAGAAAAUUUGAUCCAUGGAGAUUUCAAGCUAGAUAACAUAGUUUUCCAUCCUAAAGAGUCUCGAGUUAUAGCUGUCCUGGACUGGGAGCUGUCAACCAUUGGUCAUCCUUUGUCAGAUUUAGCUCAUCUAUCCUUGUUCUACGUUUGGCCCAGGACAGUUCCAUUAGUAAAUCAAGGUUCUUAUUUUCAAGAAAACAUAGGGAUACCAUCAAUGGAAGAACUAAUGUCAAUAUAUUGCCGCUGCAGGGGAAUUAAUUCUAUUCCUCCUAAUUGGAAUUUCUUUCUUGCUCUUGAAUGUUUUAAAAUGGCUGGAAUAGCACAGGGAGUAUAUAGUAGAUAUCUUCUGGGGAAUAGCGCAUCUGAGAGUAGCUCUCAGUUUGCCAAUUUUGUGCAACCUCUGGCAGAAACUGGAUUGCAACUCUCAAAAAGAACCUUCAGAACUACACUAUCCCAGAUUGAUACCACCCGACAGUUGUUUGUACAGACCAGGAGAGGCCAGGAAAUUCUUACUAGGGUGAAGCAUUUCAUGGAACGGUACAUCCUUCCAGCUGAAAAGGAGGUAAUUGAGUUUUAUGUUCAAAAGGAAAAUUCAGUAAACAAGUGGAAAAAACCUCCAGUGAUUGAUAAACUCAAGGAAAUGGCCAAAGCAGAGGGCCUCUGGAAUUUGUUCCUGCCAGCUGUCAGUGGCCUCAGCCAGGUUGACUAUGCCCUGAUUGCUGAAGAAACUGGAAAAUGCUUUUUCGCUCCAGAUGUCUUUAACUGCCAAGCACCAGACACAGGGAACAUGGAGCUGCUCCACCUGUAUGGAGAUGAAAAGCAGAAGCAGCAGUGGCUUGAGCCUCUUCUCCAAGGGAGCAUUGCCUCCUGCUUCUGUAUGACAGAGCCAGAUGUAGCAUCCAGCGAUGCCACAAAUAUUGAAUGCAGCAUCCAACGAGAUGGAGACAGCUAUGUAGUCAAUGGCAAGAAAUGGUGGAGCAGUGGAGCUGGGAAUCCAAAGUGCAAAAUUGCAAUUGUUAUGGGAAGAACUAAAAAUGCCACGACACCAAGACACAAACAACACAGCAUGAUUCUUGUUCCUAUCAACACACCUGGAGUAGAAAUCAUAAGGCCUCUGUCAGUUUUUGGCUACAUGGAUCAUUUGCAUGGAGGACAUUUUGAGAUCCAUUUUAAUCAAGUGCGAGUUCCUGCCAGCAAUUUAAUACUAGGUGAAGGAAGGGGAUUUGAAAUUGCCCAAGGCCGCCUUGGGCCUGGCAGAAUCCACCACUGUAUGCGAACAGUAGGUCUGGCGGAGAGAGCUCUGCAGAUCAUGUGCGAACGGGCAACACAAAGGGUGGCCUUUAAGAAGAAACUGCAUUCGCAUGAGGUUGUGGCUCACUGGAUUGCUGAAAGCCGCAUUGCCAUUGAAGAGAUCCGCUUGUUGACCCUGAAAGCCGCUCACACCAUUGACACUCUGGGCAACACUGGCGCUAUCAAGCAGAUUGCAAUGAUUAAAGUGGCCGCCCCUCGGGCCGUCUGCAAAAUUAUUGACCGGGCCAUCCAGGUGUGUGGAGGUGCAGGUGUUUCCCAGGAUUACCCUCUGGCUAACAUGUAUGCCCUCACCAGAACUUUGCGCUUAGCAGAUGGACCAGAUGAAGUCCACCUCUCAGCAAUCGCGAAAUUGGAACUUGCAGACCAAGCCAGAAGCCUGAGGGCCAAGGUGUAAGGAGGCGACACCCUCUCACCCCUAACAACUGCAUGGGCUCCAGAAUUUGAAUCACAUUCUGUUUCUGUAGCAGUUUGAGCAGAGUAACUACUCAUUUUCAGUAAAGAUUUGAGGAUCUAUUUUGAUCAGUGGGUUUAAUCAUUUCAAGGGUCACACAAGAUUAAGUUAAAUAAAUUCUAAAAAUGGUUAUUCAGUCUAAUACCUAACUGUUUACUAGUUGAGUGUUUAAAUACUAAAUGUUAAUGAAAUAAAUUGGAGAGCUAAAGCAUAA